AUGCGUUGGAGUGUUAACAAGUUAUUAUCUCAUUAUCAACAGUUAGCGGCUUUGUCGCAGAAUGCUAUUUCUUCAGAUUUUGAAAAUGAAAGACAUUUUGAGCCUGGAGAAGAUGUUUUGAAACGAGUGUGGAGUGCUUUAAAGUAUGAUGUAAAACGUUGGAAAAGACGAUGGAAAGAGGCCCGAAUGGAUCCUUACCAACGUAAUAAUGCUAUCGCACAUAUUAAACGCCAUGCUAUGGAUAUAGAGCUCUUUCCAUUCGAAACACAGGUUUUAAUUGUUGGAGGUGGCCUAAUUGGCUCUUCGUUAGCAUAUUGGAUAAAGCAAACAUUUCGUGAUGAGGACUACAAAGUGACAGUUGUUGAGAACAAUGAAAAAGUAAAUUUUACUUCGAUGUUAGCUUGUGGUGGUAUUUCCCAACAAUUUUCAAUCCCUGAACAUGUAACUAUGUCAGGUUUUUCUGCAGAAUACCUUCGUCAUGCUGGGGAGCACUUACGGAUCUUGGAUAAUGAUCCUCCAGACAUACAUUUUUUGCCGAUGGGAUUUAUGUACCUAGCUUGCACACCCGAAGAAGUCGAUCGAUUAAAACGAAAUUGGAAAAUCCAAAUACGCAAUGGUGCCCGAGUGGAUCUAUUAAAUCGUGUGCAGUUAUGCUCUAGGUUCCCAUUCAUGAAUUUUGAAGACGUUCUGCUGGGUUCUUAUGGCUUAGAAAAUGAAGGUAUUAUUGAUGCAUGGCAGUUACUGUCAGCUAUACGAGAAAAAAAUUUAACAUUGGGUGUUCAGUAUCUGAAAGGAGAAGUUGAAGGUUUUCAUUUUGACCGAAUGCACAUUAGACAUGACUUGUACGGUGCUGUGGAAGAUGCCGAUGAGCAGUGUUGGCGUGAUAAACAAAUUCGAGGAGUUUAUGUUCGUCCAGAAAUGACGGAUGCUUCUGCAAGAAUCAUAAGAAGCUCUCAAAUUGUUGUGGCUGCUGGUGCUUGGUCUGGUCAUAUUGCACGGAUGGCUAGAAUUGGUGUAGGACAAGAUUUGUUGGCGGUAAAGCUUCCAGUUGUUGCUCGAAAGCGUAUGGUGUUUGCAGUACACGCUCCAGAUGUUCCUGCUUUGGAUAUGCCGGCACUUGUAGAUCCUAGUGGUGUAUAUUGUAUCAUGGAAGACGUUGGCAAUACAUUUAUUUGUGGGAAAAUUCCAAACGAGGAAGAAGAUGACAAAAUUGAUCAUUCGAAUCUGGAUGUAGAUUAUGGUUAUUUCUAUGACAAUAUUUGGCCAAUUUUAACAAGACGAAUCCCUUCAUUCAAAAACUCAAAAAUCAAAAAUGCUUGGGCAGCAUAUCAAGAUGUAAAUACAUUUGAUAAUUCUCCAAUUAUCGGAGAGCAUCUACUUUACCAGAAUUUGCAUUUUCUAUGUGGGUUCGGAAAUCGUGGAAUACAGCAUUCAUUGGCUGUUGGUCGAAGUUACGCUGAAAAAUUGUUGGAAGGUGCUUAUUUGUCAUUAAAUCUUCGAAAAUUUGAUAUGAGACGACUUGUAAAAAUGGAAAAACUGAAAGAAGAAUAUCCUUGA